CUCUAAAAUCUACUUGUCAUAUUUUCCAAAUGUUAUUUAUCAAAGUAACAAAGAAUGACUUCCCAAACACAUUUGAAAACAUUUAAGCUAUGAAGAAGGACAUCCCUCACACUCUGAAACAGAUCUCCUUCAGAGACAGACUUUUGCAGCCUCUCAUCAGCUUCCUGGAUAUCCUACCACACCUCAGCCAACUGGUCUUUCUGGAAUAUUUGAUACUAGUGUGAACAGUGCCAGCACUAACACUAAAGAAUCUUCAGUGAUGAAUUUUCUCUCUACUGUUGAAUCUCGAACUGCUCAGGCUGCUUCUUCAGGAACUACUCUUUUACCACAAUUCAGGGCUCCAUCCUGGCAGACAGGUAUGCAUUCCUCAGCAGCAACUGAGCUGUUUGUUACUGGACCUUUGCCAACCACUGGAACACUUCCACCCUCUGCCCUCUCUGCUUAUCAGCAUCCCACCUCCUUCAGCAAUAGAAAUUUUGCUACCACCUCACCUUUGGUGCUUCAGGAUUCAACUUUUAACACUACAUCAAAUGGAAUUUUAAAUCCUCAUGACCCUUUGCUACAAAUCAAGACUUCCCAGGGAACUGUUCCAACUGCUUUGGCAUUUGAGCGCCUGGGCUCCUCUGCAUUGAGUAACAGCGUACCACCUCAGUCUUCAACAUAUCGCUCUGCUCAAGAGUCUGCACCACAUCUUUUACAACCUCAGUUUAGUUUGUUGCCUUCAACACUUGGGGGAGCCCAGCAAACUCCUCAAGCCUACAGUUCAACUCUCUUUCCUAGUUCUACUGCUUCCAUUGAAAGAGCUCUUCUUAGAGAAUGUAGUGUUAUUAAACACCAUCAGCGGCCUUCAGGUACCCAGUCUAUUCAGGCACAACUGACUGGUUCACAGCAUUCCUUACAUAGUUAUCUAUCAAAUGCAAAUGUAGUUAAUUUUCAGGAAACAAGCAGACAGUCAUCUUUAUCCUGUAGCCCAGUUGGAGAGUCUACUCAGGUGAGCAAUGGAGGAUUGCAGCAAAAGACCUCUCAGGUCUUAGUAGAACUUGCUCAGUCUUAUUCGUCUGCAAUUCCAUCAUCAGGGUAUCCUCCUUCCACUACAAAAGUACAGAGCUGUUCUACAAAACAACCACUAACGUCAACUAAGACCCCCAAACCUCAAAGUAUAAUUCCUCCUGUGCAAACACUAAGCUAUUCCAAACCUUCACAUAACCAGAGUUCUGUAAUAUCGGGCCAAGCACAAAUUUAUUCUACAGCGCAACUACCAAGCCUUUUAUCAGUUAGUCAGUCCCAAAAUUACGGUUUAGUACAGCCACAUAAUGUGCCAUCCAUUGUUCAUUCACAGGUUUAUAGGCCCAGCAAAGUUGAGAAGUUGCCAUCCUUAUAUAAAACUUUGUCUUUUUCUGAGUCAUCUCAGACUAUAACUUCUGAAAAUCAGACACUUAAUUAUUCUUCUGAUCAGCAAGAGGUAUUAUCUUCAGUUACAAAUGAGAAUUACCCUGCUCAAACAAGAGAUCUGUCUUCAGUUAGCCAGUCUCAAAGUUAUUCAUCUGGUCAUUCUCAGGGUUUAUCACCAGUUAGCCAGACGCAGGUUAGUUAUUCAUCUCAAUCACAAGUUUUGUCAGUUGUUAGUCCUUCAGAAAGCUAUGCUUCAGGGCAGUCCCUAACAUUAACAGCCCCUUCUCUUUCUUAUUCUUCCACCUCUCGGGCUCAGAGUUUGCCAGAUUCUAGCCCAACCCAGAAUUAUAUUUCUAUGCAUUCUUCCCAAAAUGCUCAGGCUCAAGGGUCAUCAUCUCCCCAGUCCCAAAAGUUUUUGCCUGCCGUCCAAUCAUCUUUUGCGUCCUCCACUCAUUGUCAGACAUUACAGAAUAAUAUGCCUUCCCCUGAUCCAAAGUCUUAUGCUGAAAGAAAACUUGACUCAAAUGUGUAUACAUCUUCGAAGCAAGAAGAUGAUUUUCCAAUGCAAGAGUUACAGGUAUUACAGCCACAAGUAUCUCUUGAGUCAUCAACCCAAAGGCUAUCUGAUGGGGAAAUUAAUGUUCAAGAAUCAGCCUAUAAGGUGUCAAAGGCAGAUGACAGAUAUUCUCAGAGUGUAAUCAGAAGUAAUUCCCGUAUUGAAGAUCAAGUUGUUGGGAUUGCUCUACAAGGAUCAAAAAAAGAAGAAAGUAUGGUUGGUUCAGUGACACAGCUGAACCAACAAAUUGGCCAAGUCAGUAAUGCAGCAACCCUUGAUAUUAAGAAGGCAACUAAUUUAAUGCAAAGUCCACAAAUAAGUUUGAAUACUAAAGACCUAAACCAGCAGCAUUCUCUUAUACAUAAGGUACAUGAAGCCAAGGUUCAGGAGCAGCGUGAUCAAAUAAUUAAUGCCUCGUCUCAGAUUCAAAUUCCAAAUCAUGCUUUAGGGCAUGGCCAUCAGGCAUCUCUUCCGAAUACACAGAUCCUUUUAGAUUCUGCCUGUGAUUUACAGAUUCUUCAGCAGUCAAUAUUGCAGGCAGGCUUAGGACAAGUAAAGGCAUCUUUACAAGUACAGCGUGUACCAAGUCCUCAACAUAUAGUACAUCCUUUUCUUCAAAUGGAUGGUCAUAUUAUUCAGAGCAAUGGUGAUCAUUCUCAGCAGCAACUCCAUACUCAAAAUACUGAAAUUUUGAAAAUGGACCUCUCCGAAUCUUCAAAACCUUUACAACAACAUCUAACAACAAAGGCGCAUUUUAAUGAAACAAAUCAACAUGAUUCAAAGAAUCAUUUUGUUUCACUUGGAUCAAUAUGUUUCCCAGAGGCAAUGCUGCUCAGUGAUGAAAGAAAUAUUUUAUCAAAUGUAGAUGAUAUCUUAGCAGCUACAGCAGCAGCUUGUGGGGUUACACCUUCUGAUUUUCCCAAGUCAACUUCAAAUGAAACCAUUCCGGCUGUUGAAGAUGGUGAUUCUAAAUCUCAUUUUCAGCAGUCAUUGGAUGUUGGGCAUGUGACUUCGGAUUUUAAUUCCAUAACAGCUACAGUAGGAAAGCCACAGAAUAUAAAUGAUAUUUCCUUAAAUGGAAGUCAGGUUACUGUAAACCUUUCACCAGUACCUACUCUUCAGUCAAAAAUGACUCAUGAUCAACAGCACAUUGAAACACCUGGUCAAAAUAAAGCAUCUAAACUAACUUCACCAGUGGUUGGACCAAGUCAUGAAGUCCAGGAGCAAAGUUCUAGCUCAUUCAAGAAACAGUCUUCUACCAAUCAUGAAUCUGAAGAUGAUAGCGAAGUUCCUGUUGAGAGUACAUUAAAUAAUAACAGAAACCAAGAAUUUGUUUCUAGUAGUAGAAGUAUAAGUGGAGAGAGUGCUACAUCAGAGAGUGAAUUCACCUUAGGGGGUGAUGACAAUGCUGUGUCAGUGAACCCAACUAGGAGUGCACUUGCACUGCUGGCCAUUGCCCAACCAGGGGAGGCAAUCAGUGUCAAGAUUGAAGAAGAAAACCAAGAUUUAAUGCAUUUUAACCUUCAGAAGAAAAAAACUAAAGGGAAAGGGCAAACUAAAGAGGAAGACAGCAGUAAUCAGAAACAGCCGAAAAGACCUGCCCAAGGCAAACGCCAGAAUCCAAGGGGAACAGAUAUAUAUUUGCCAUAUACCCCUCCUUCCUCAGAAGGCUGCCAUGAUGGUUAUCAGCAUCAAGAAAAAAUGAGACAGAAGAUCAAAGAAGUAGAGGAAAAACAGCCAGAAGUCAAGACAGGAUUCAUUGCCUCUUUCUUAGAUUUUCUGAAAUCUGGGCCCAAACAGCAGUUUUCUACUCUCGCUGUACGAAUGCCUAACAGGACUAGACGACCGGGGACCCAGAUUGUCCGUACAUUUUGUCCCCCACCACUUCCAAAGACUGCAUCUGCAACACCUACGGCUCCGGUGUCUGAAACUGGCGGUAACAGUCUAUCAGAAAAACUUGAUAACGAACUUAAAAACUUAGAACAUUUAUCUUCAUUUUCUUCUGAUGAUGAAGAACCUGGAGUACGCAGUCAUAUUUAUAAAAGCACCUCUACUACCUUAACUACAUUGGAUGCUACUUCUGAUAAAAAAAAGAAAACAGUUUCAGAAGCCCUACAGGUGGCAACUACUAGCCCUACUGCCAAUACUACUGGUACUGCUACUACUUCCUCCACCACUGUGGGUGCAGUUAAGCAAGAACCUCUCUACUCUUCUUCAUCUGCAGUAAUGGAAAAUAUAAGCUCUACAGAACCCCCAAAGCCCAUCGAACUUGAUGGUCUUUCUUCAGACCAAUUUGCAAAAGGACAGGAUACUGUUGCCAUAGAAGGUUUUACAGAUGAGGAGAACACAGAAAGUGGAGGAGAAGGCCAAUACAGAGAGCGUGAUGAAUUUGUGGUAAAGAUAGAAGACAUAGAGACUUUUAAGGAGGCUUUAAAAACAGGAAAAGAACCCCCAGCUAUUUGGAAAGUACAAAAAGCUUUACUACAGAAGUUUAUUCCUGAAAUUAGAGAUGGGCAAAGAGAAUUUGCUGCUACAAAUAGUUACCUUGGAUAUUUUGGAGAUGCAAAGAGUAAAUACAAAAGGAUAUACGUGAAGUUCAUCGAAAACACAAACAAAAAGGAAUAUGUCAGAGUGUGUUCUAAAAAACCAAGAAGUAAGCCUUCACAAACUAUCAGAACUGUUCAGGCUAAGCCAAGUAGUAGCAGUAAAACUUCUGAUCUUCCAACACCAAAAACUACAACUACAAAAGCCCCUUCCAUGAAACCCAAAGGUAAACAGCUAAAAGUAAAGGCUGAGCCACCACCAAAGAAACGGAAGAAAUGGAAAGAAGAAUUUUCAUCAUCCCAAUCUGACUCAUCUCCUGAGAUCCAUUCUACUAGUAGUGAUGAGGAAUUUGAUCCUCCAGCUCCCUUUGUCACUCGUUUUUUGAACACAAGAGCAAUGAAGGAAACCUUUAAGAGUUACAUGGAAUUGCUUGUUAGCAUUGCUUUGGACCCUGACACAAUGCAAGCCUUAGAGAAAAGCAAUGAUGAGCUACUUUUGCCUCAUAUGAAAAAAAUAGAUAGCAUGCUGAAUGAUAACCGAAAGAGACUUCUUUUGAAUCUUCAUUUGGAUCAGUCAUUCAAGAACGCUUUGGAAAGUUUUCCUGAACUAACAAUAAUUACUCGAGACUCUAAAGCAAAAAGUGGGGGAUCUGCUAUUUCUAAAAUCAAAAUGAACGGCAAAGCUUAUAAUAAGAAAACUCUAAGGACUUCUAAAACAACCACUAAAUCUGCACAAGAGUUUGCUGUUGAUCCAGAGAAAAUACAGUUGUAUUCUUUGUAUCAUUCACUCCAUCAUUAUAAAUAUCAUGUUUAUCUGAUAUGUAAAGAUGAGAUUUCUUCUGUGCAGAAAAAAAAUGAAGAUUUAGGACAAGAAGAAAUUGUUCAACUUUGUAUGAAAAAUGUGAAAUGGGUAGAAGACCUAUUUGAAAAAUUUGGAGAACUUCUAAAUCAUGUACAGCAGAAAUGUUCCUAACAUUUUCACAAAAAUUCCAUCUACUUUAUAGCACUAAUGAAAUGGUGGAGGGCAGGAGGGUGAUCACAGAGGCUGUAGGGCCUCAGAUAAUCAAGUGUCAAGCAGUGGUCUCCUGCAGGCAACCCUGCUGUGAUUAUGGAGGCUGCCUCAUGACCUCUGCUAAAGGACAGUGGUGCUGCCAAGGGAGUCAGUCCUUCGGAAAUGGACCUAAAUCCCACCACAUUUUUAUCCUAAUGAAUGAUUUUUCUAUUUUAUAAACCAUUGGGUAACUGAGUUUUAUUUUCACAGAUGUUUUUUGACAAAUGAUGAAGCAUGCACUAAAUAUAAUUUUUCUUUAUUGCUAGAGAGAUAACACUUAAGUAGCUUGAUUAUUUUUUCCUGACUCUGACUAAACACCAGAAUGAAAGAAAGGUGGCAGAAAUCAUGUUUGUGUUCAUGUCUGGCCACAACACAAAGUAUUGUACAUUAUGUAAACAUGUCUGGUGUGCUAUGACAUUCUGUAUGAGAAUAUCAUCAAUUUAAAAUAUGAAAUUCAGAAACUGCAUUCUGCUUUACGAACUCCUUUUACUCUUAACAUGUUCAGGAAACUGGAUGUGGAAUUGGUGCAAUUCUAUGACUGCUUUUUGUGUCAAAUUAUAUUGUGAUAAAAAAACAAUGACAUACUAUUUUCCCUAUCUCAAAGAAAAGUAUUUUCCUUUAUACUGUUUUUCCUUUGGAAAAAUUUUCAAUUGUACAUUUUAUUUCACUAAUAGUUGUAUUUUUCACAAGGAAAAUGUUGUGGUUAUAAUUAUGUUUGAUGUAUCUGUACUACACUUUUCAUUAUUUUCAGUAAAUCUUAGUUAUAUAUCGAAUUUCUAUUGUGAAUUCUAUCUCGAGGUUACCAUUUUUGUUUAUACAGAUUUGCUUCAGUGUUAUCCAGAAUAUGCAUUGAGUACUAGAAUUAGUUUAGCUUUAUAAAUGGGGUUGUGUGAGACACUGCAGUAAUUCUGAUUCAUGAAAAUAAAUUUUUUACUAAACUAGCACUUGAUUAACUGAUUUGUUGAAACAAAAAUCGAACCACAUAUACAUUUUAAAGAAUAAAAUUUACAAUUGGACUGCAUGCAGUGUUAAACACAGCUUACCGGACUCUUAGAACUGGAAGUUGUAGAGCCCUCUCUUGGUGCCUUUCCAACCUGUACACCUGCUAUCGUAGCUCCCUUUGUUUGCUUAGCUAGUGUGUCAAGUAGUUUAGCUGAGACAGUGAAUGAAUGUAUUAGGUUCAACAUGUGUUUUAUUUGUGUUUGCCAACAGGAUGCCUUAUUUGUUUGAGAAAAAGAUUUACUAGUGUCCUUCUAAAUAAUCUCCUUUUUUAGGAUUCUAAAGAAGUUGUUAAUCAUCAUACUUUUGUUUAUUUUACCACCAUUUAGUGCCUUAAGUCCUAUCAAGAAAGCAGUAUUACUGCUCAAUGCCCAAAUAAGACAAGCUUAUGUGGCUAUUGCUAUUGUCUUGAUUUCGAGUUAACGGGCCAACUUCUUAUCAUUAAAAACCUCAGUAAACUGGCAAGAAUUGAAGGUAACAUUUGAUUUGAUUUGAGAAUAAAAAAUUGUAGCAUUGAGUGAAAAA